AUGCUCAAGAGGUUCAUGAGUGCUCUAAGUUUCGAAACUAGGAUUUUAAAGGUAGAUCCCAACUCCAUCAAAUUUUCCAAAACCGCACACAUCGAUGGGUCCCUUCCAAUAGUCACAGAUGUGGAAACCGAAAGAAAUCUAAAAGAAGCUGCCAAAAUCAUACGGGAGACCAACAAUACGGUUGGGUUUCCGACGGAAACUGUGUACGGUCUUGGUGGCUCUUCUUUAAAUGAUCAGUCGGUGCUAAAUAUCUACAAGGCCAAGGAUAGGCCCAGUGAUAAUCCGUUAAUAAGUCAUGUCUCCUCCAUCGACCAGUUGAACCGAAAAAUAUAUGGACAGCAACAAGUUGAUGACAUUUCGCAAAAUAUUCCAACGGUAUAUCGUGGUCUUACAGAUAAAUUGUGGCCUGGACCCCUUACGAUUUUGCUCCCAGUGCCGAAAACGUCCACUUUGUCCAAACUUACAACUGCAGAUCAACCUACGUUUGCGGUAAGAAUCCCGUCCAAUCCCGUUGCUAGGGCUCUGAUUGCACUUAGUGAUACUCCGAUCGCUGCACCUUCUGCAAAUCGCUCUACUCGUCCGUCACCAACAUUGGCAUCGCAUGUAUAUCACGACUUGAAAGGUCGUAUACCUUUAAUUCUCGAUGGCGGUCCCUGUUCAGUUGGCGUCGAAAGCACCGUAGUCGAUGGAUUAGUCAGUCCACCGCUGCUAUUACGACCAGGAGGGUUCACUUGGGAACAGAUCAGGGAAAUGGGAGGUGAUGACUGGACAAACUGUAAAUUCGAGAAUAAUAAAACCGUGGCAGCUGGGGAAAAAGUGCGAACGCCGGGCAUGAAAUAUAGACAUUACUCGCCCCAAGCAAAAGUUAUUCUUUUUGCUCCGCAGAAAAAUGACCUGAACUUGUCACAUCGUCUUGAAAUUGUCAAGGACGUUAUUGAGCAACACGCUCAAGAUGUUCGAAAAUACGCCAUUCUCUCAACGUUCAUUUUCCCGAAGGGCCUGAUCAAUGAUCCACGUUGCAUACACAAGUCCUUGGGAAAGGACAGCUCAGAGAUACAAGCGAACCUUUUCGCAGCUUUGAGAGAGGUGGACGAGAUGGACGACAUUGAUAUUAUAUUUGUUGAAGGAAUGAAUGAGGAGGGCGAAGGGCUAGCCGUUAUGAAUAGACUCAAAAAGGCUGCAAGUAACAAUGUAACUUUAUUUUAA